AUGGAAAUCCAGGGGCUUUCUGAUGCCCAAAACAUUCACUCGCAACAUGGCGCCCUACACAGUACCACUUCGUCUCCUCUUCGAUCAGCUACAGGGUCGAUACCUCGCUUUAUUUCCACCGAAAAUGAAGCGGAUAGACUGCUGGAGUCGUCUGAAGCUCAGAGGGACAACAACAACAACACCAGGCCGAGCACAUCUCCGUUUCUCCUACUGGCGGAAAAUGGUAGCGGGGCGGACUGCUCGUCUGUCAGCAAACCUCAACCAACCGAUAAAACACAUUUACUGGACGACAGACCGAGUACCGCACUUCGUAACGUGAACACGGAGAAAGAAAACGAGUUUAAUGCGCUGUUUGCUCCGCACGACUUUGUCAGGACUGCGUGGAAAUACGGCGUAGAAAGCGGGGACGGUGUAAUGCAAAUGGCGCUGCCUCUGUUUGAAGGGGAAGAGGAACCGAUGCCGCAGCGGCUGCAAACGUUUCCAGUUUUACGGCAGCAGCGUGAGGACGGCGCCUCCAAGCAGCCUCCGCCGGCCAGCCACAGCGCACACAGGGCGGACACAAACACACAGGAACUAUAUGUUGUUUUUAACGUCGUACAAGAUGAUGGCAACGGUGAGGCUAACAAACACCGAGCGGCGGAUGUAUCGUGUAAGGACGGCGAUAAAAUGAAAGGUAAAAAGCCAGAGUGUUCUAAAGCGAGUUCCUGUGGCCCCAUGGAGGUUGGAAACAGCAGUAACGUUAUUCUGCGUCAAGCUAAUGACAACUUGAACUGUCUGGAAGCUCAAACCUUGAAAAAAAGCGAGCAUGUUUAUAAUUUACUAAACGACAACUGUACGGUGGUUAGUGCUAAACAGACGGAUUAUUACCACACUGUGGAAGACGUUGUUUUGACAAACAAAUAUGGCGAUAAGAUCUGCGGCCAGAUUUGUACUGAAAACAAUGAAGGCAAACUGGUGCGGGAGCUGUCGUCGCAGCCCCGUCUGGAAGAGGGCAGUGCCUUGAUUUCAGGGAACUCGAGCAUCGUGGAAGCUAUGGACACUUCGGAUUUCAUUUCAGAUUCAUCGGGACUGCAGGGCUGUGCGAACCCGGCCACGGCCUCCACAAGCCCUCCUGCAAGCGAAACCUUUUCCGGUACUAUCACGAUAAACAACCAAAGCAUCAUAGUGACCAUAGAGAACGGGAUACUGACUCUAGCCGCCCCGCCGGAGGGCUACGUCCACAAAGAGGAUGACAUGGUCAGCUUAAAGGAGCAUCUAGGUAUGAAAGAUCAUGAGGAUAUUGUUCUUCUCAACUAUGACAGCGGCACAAAAUCCAUCGGGAAGAUCAGCACGUUGGCAGUGUCCAACUCCAGCCAGCAUGAAGAGCCCAGGCCCGGGGUGUCUGUGAGCGACUCUGAGCUAGCUCUGGUGGAUGACUGCACUCUGUCAGAGCUGGGCACCUCUCUGGACUCCUGCCCCAUCGUUAAGCAGGAGGCAGGGGGGCUGUGUGCUGUCACAGAAGCUGAUCUGGUCCCACCAUCCACUAAAGCCCCCACUGUCACAGAGUGUGACAACGAGGACUUCCAGUCUGUCCAGUUAUUCAGAUCCAAGAAGGAGACCGUAGCCUCCUUCAGCUGUCCAGAGCCAGGCUGCUCAUGUAUUUUUGACACCCGGCAGAAGCUGAAGGUUCACCUCCUGAACCACGCAGAGGAUCCACGCCCCUACCAGUGUACGGUGGAGGGCUGCGGCUGGGCUUUCGCCACCUCCUACAAGCUGAAGAGGCACCUUCAGUCCCACGACAAGCAGCGGCCACACACCUGUCAGUUUGAAGGCUGCGGAAGGCGUUUCACCACCGUCUACAACCUGAAGGCUCACGUCAAAGUCCACGAACAGGACAACGCCUUCAUCUGCGAGAUCUGCAGCGAGAGGUUCCGCAGUGCCACCCGGCUCACCAAUCACCAGAGGGUCCACUUUGAGCCCCAGAGGCCCCACAAGUGUGAAUUCCCAGGCUGUGAGAAAACCUUCAUCACCUUCAGCGCCCUGUUCUCCCACAACCGCACUCACUUCAGAGAGACGGGCCACUUCACCUGCUCCUACCCCGGCUGCGACAAGACAUACGACAAGGCCUGCCGCCUCAAGAUUCACCUGAGGAGUCACACGGGUGAGAGGCCGUUUGUGUGUGACUCUGAGGGAUGCGGCUGGUCCUUUACCAGCAUGUCAAAGCUGCUCCGACACAAACGGAAACAUGAUGAUGACCGUCGUUUCGUCUGCACAGAGGAAGGUUGUGGGAAGUCCUUCACCCGGGCCGAGCACCUCAAGGGUCACAGUAUCACCCAUCUGGGUACCAAGCCCUUCCAGUGCCAUGCAGAAGGUUGUAACGCCAAGUUCUCAGCUCGCAGCAGCCUCUACAUCCACUCCAAGAAACACAAGCAGGACGCCAGCACCCUGAGGACCCGCUGUCCUGUGGCCAACUGCUCCAAGCACUUCUCCUCCCGCAGCAGCCUUAAGAGCCACAUGCUCAAACACCACCACCUCAGUCCUGAUGUUCUGAGUCAGAUGGAGACCACCCCCACCCUGACCCCUAGCAGUGAGCUCAUCAGCUCCACCCCAACAACAGUUGCAGGGCCUGGUAUCACAGGCGGGGAUCAGCUGACUAACUUGGACCUCAGCUCUCUGUUCUCCAGCAUACCUGGAGGCCCCGCACCCACCACCAGCAUCGGAGUGGGAAUCCCCGUAGGCGGGAGCAGCUCUAACGGAGCCUUCACCAUGGAUCUGGCCCUAGUCAGCUCAGGCAUCCUCACCAUAGACCCCUCCUCAGUGGGCACGGCGCUCAACGCCAGCACCAGCACCACGCUGGCCAAAGCCGUGGACCCUCUCAUCCUGGCAGCCAGCGCAGACAUGGGCCCCCACCACGGUCUGGAGGGCACGGUGGUCGACGUCCUGCCACCACAGGGCACCCUCAAUCUGGACGACGUGCAGACCGUCACCCCCGAGGCCCUGGGAACCCUCGCGGCUCUCACCAUGCAGGGCCCCGGCGCCUCGGUGGACCCCACCCUGCAGCACCCGCUAAGCUCCUCCAGCGCUCUGAGCACGGAGCCCGCAUCCUCCCUGGCCGUGGCCCCCGUCGCCGAGCUGCUGGCCUCGCCCUCGAAGGUGGUGGAGGUGGGCGGCCAGGCGGGAGCGGGGCCCCUGCUGGGCUGCGUGGAGGUGCUGGGUCCUCAGGAGGGAGCCAAAGUCCUCACGCAGUUUGUUUUCCCCGGUCACAGCAGCAGCUUCAGUCCACAGAAAGACCCGGAGCUCAACGCUGUGUCUCCAAGCAGCUUCCUGGAGAGUGGAGGAUCAGCCAGGACGGACUACAGAGCCAUCCAGCUGGCCAAGAAGAAGAAGCAGAUAGGCCCCUCAGCCUCCUCUGGGGCUUCAGGAUCGAAUCAGAGAAAAACUAAAGGAGUGAAGUCGUCCUCUGCUUCAGCACCUCUGGCUCCCUCCGCUGCUCGUUACAGUGAAGGAGCAGCAGCAGCCAACGGGGGCCUCACCCUGCGCGACCCAGUCACCGGGGCCCAGUACGUCCAGAUCCAGCUGCUGCAGGACGACCCAGCCAGUGAUGGAGACCUGGCCUUCCAGCUGAGCUCUCAGCCCUCCAGCUCCCACUCCCAGCUCACUGUUGACCUGCCUGUCAACAUUUUACAGGAACCUUCAGUGAUGACAGAGGACGACAACGGCUCUGACAACUCACAGUUCACAGGAAGCACAAUCAACCUCCAGGAUUUGGAGUGACCCCCUCCUCCCCCCAAACACAGUGCUGGAGGGGUCAGAGACGGCUCUGUCCUCGUCACUGUCCACUGUUUACAUCCACAAACAUGCUCUGAGAUGUUUGACUCCAUGAAGCGGUUGCCUCAACUUUACCCAGGACUCUGAAAGCCUUUCUGGACCUGUGGUUAAUAUGGA